GGUUGUCCCAAAUACUUAGAAUUGGAAAAGAAUUGAGUGACUGAUGCCCGAAGUUUGCGACUGUUGUCUGAAUUGAACCUGGAGUCUUCAAUGUCCCACCAUCCAUUUGUUAAUAUGCCUACCCUACCACUGCACUUCUUCACUCACUCCUUUUUCCUUUCUCAUUCUGCAAUCAACUCAACCAACCACUAUAUAUACACAUGCCUCUCAUCUCUUCUCUUCUCACCACACACAAACAUUUCUCAUCUCUCUUUGUGGGGUAUGGACAACAAUGACGAAAUCCCUUCAACACCUGCCACCCCAGGAACUCCUGGUGCACCUCUUUUUGGAGGUUUCACCAAUAGGACUAAUAAUGGUAAUAACAAGAAAUCGCUUCUCAAGAGUUGUAGAUGCUUCACUGUGGAGGAUUGGACCAUAGAAGAUGGAGCAUUACCACCCGUCUCCUGCUCUUUGCCACCGCCUCCUACUGUCCCUCUAGCAAGAAAGGUCGGUGCUGAGUUCAUCGGCACCUUCAUUCUCAUGUUCGCCGCCACUGCCGCCGCCAUUGUCAACCAGAAGACUAACGGCUCCGAGACCCUCAUAGGCUGCGCUGCCACCACCGGUCUCGCCGUUAUGAUCGUCAUCCUCGCCACCGGCCACAUCUCCGGUGCUCAUCUCAACCCUGCUGUCACCCUUUCCUUCGCUGCAUUGAAGCACUUCCCCUGGAAGCAUGUGCCUAUGUAUAUUGGUGCACAAGUUUUGGCAUCGAUUUGUGCCGCAUUUGCUCUGAAAGGGGUUUAUCACCCUUUCAUGAGUGGUGGAGUCACCGUUCCUUCCGGGGGAUAUGGCCAAUCUUUUGCUUUGGAGUUCAUUAUUGCCUUCAAUCUCAUGUUCGUUGUCACUGCAGUCGCCACCGACACCAGAGCUGUGGGAGAACUCGCGGGAAUCGCGGUGGGAGCUACUGUGAUGCUCAACAUACUGAUAGCAGGGCCAGUAUCAGGAGGCUCAAUGAACCCAGUAAGAACACUAGGUCCUGCCAUCGCCGCAAACAACUACAAAGCCAUAUGGGUUUAUCUGGUAGCUCCCGUACUUGGAGCUUUAGCCGGUGCAGGUACCUACACUGCAGUGAAGCUGCCCGAAGAAGACGAUGACGCCAAAGCAAAGGCUUCAAUCAGCUUCAGAAGGUGACUUGCUCUAUCGUCAUCAGGAUCCAACUUGGACACUGCAACAUUGUAGGAUGUUCGUACUUUUUCAAAUGAUAAUAUAUAAAUAUUGUAGAAAGCAAGCAAAAAGAGAGAAAGUUUGGUUCGUCAAAAUGAUAGAUGUAUAAAAUGUGAGCUGACGACUAUGGUGUAUUUAAUGUAUUAUGGCAAAAAUGAGUGGUGUUUAGUGCAUAAAAAUACAAUUUCUUUUCCUUUUUUUCUCUA